AUGUCGUCCUCCAUGGCCGCUUCCCCGCGUCGUGUCGCGUCGCAACCGCCCACCUCCCCGGCCACCAACAUCUUCCUCGGCCUGGUCGCAUUCCGACUUGUCAAUGCGCUCGUCGUCCGCACCUUCUUCCAGCCCGAUGAAUUCUUUCAGUCGUUGGAACCCGCAUGGCAGAUUGCAUUUGGCAAGGGACAGGGUGCCUGGGUGACCUGGGAAUGGCACCACCAACUCCGAUCCUCCUUACACCCUCUAUUUUUCGCCGCCAUCUACAAAGCUGUCCAUUUUCUUGCGACAGCCCUCCACCUCUCGGCGGCGACGCGCGCCAACCUCCUGAUCGCCGGACCGAAGACCGCGCAGGCCGUGAUCGCCGCGCUCGGUGACUUUUAUACCUGGAAGCUAGCUACUCGCGUCUACGGGACGGAUUCUCGUGGCGCGUGGACAACGUUGUUCGCCACGGUUCUCAGCCCUUGGCAAUGGUUCUGCUCAACAAGGACGCUGUCAAAUUGCGUUGAAACCACGAUCACGGUUGUCGCAUUGGACCUGUGGCCAUGGCAAUGGUCAGCAGGCACCUCGACCAGCAUUCAGCAUCGGAACAAUGCUGGCAGCGAGAAGAAUUCAAAAAGACUGUCCUUAUCGAGUCUUCGACUGUGCUUGUGCUUAGCAGCUCUUGCCUGUAUUCUCCGCCCGACCAACAUCUUGAUCUGGGCGACGUUAGCGACCGUCGCUUGGCUUCGGACCGGCUGGAGCCAGCGCAAGGUGCUCAUUCGGGAGGUCCUCCUCUGCGGACUAGCAGUCCUCGCUGUGUCAGCCGUCGCCGAUCGUCUAUUCUACGGAUUCUGGACGUUUCCUCCACUCCGCUUCCUAUACUUUAAUAUUGCGCAAUCACUGGCAGUAUUCUACGGUCGAAAUGAUUGGCACUACUACGCUUCGCAGGGUUAUCCGCUCCUGCUUACCACCUUGCUAUUACCUGCCCUUGUCGGCCUCUACCGCACCUUGAGGACUCGAACCUCGACUGUCGCCGAUAGAUUGCAGACAGAGAUUCGAGUGCAGCUGGCGGUGGUAUGUCUACUCAUGCCGUUUGUGCUGUCUCUGAUUUCGCAUAAAGAAGUGCGCUUCAUUUACCCACUGCUACCAUCGCUGCAUAUUCUCGCUGCGCCACCGCUUGUGCAAUUCUUCUAUCCAGCGUUAUCCUCGCGGUCAUCUGUCUAUACCCCACAAAGGCUGACCCUCCUCUUCCUUGUGGUGGCAAACCUCGUGAUUGGUAUAUUCACCACUGUUUACCACGCAUCUGGAGUGGUGAAUGUCCUCGAUUACCUGCGUCACCAACAUGAAGUUCACGGUUCAUCUGCCGGGUCUUCUUUAGACUGGCAGUCGCAGUCAGGAAUCACAGCUGGAUUCCUAAUGCCCUGCCACAGCACCCCGUGGCGUUCGCAUCUUGUAUACCCGACGAUCGACGCAUGGGCACUCUCCUGCGAACCCCCAGUCGAUCAAACGGCGGCCGAAAAGGCCGUCUACCGUGAUGAAGCGGAUCAAUUCUACGACGAUCCAGCUCAGUUCCUCCGCGACAACAUGAAAGGCGGCCUCCGCUACCUCCCCUUCCGACCAAGCUACGGCUCCGGCUUGCGAUCUGCCACCGACACCGGCAAGCAUACAUGGACACACGAGUGGCCCGACUACCUAAUAUUCUUCGAGCAACUAGAGCCCACAAUGCACACCCUCCUCCGUGCAUCCUCCUAUGACGAGUGCUGGCGCACCCACAACACCGCAUGGCACGAUGACUGGCGACGACGCGGCGACGUCGUCGUCUGGUGUCUCGAUCCCACCGAACAAGACGCCUGGCGCGCCGAAAAACAGCAACACGCGGAAGAAACCCUAGACAGACAGUUUGAGCGGAUCGUCGAGGUAUUCCAGAAAAACGCGCUCCGCCAGCAAAAGCAGGGCUGGAAAUCAUUGAUUCCAUCUCGAUCUUCAUUCUCCUUCUCCUACCCCUUCCCUUGGUCCUCGCGAUCUCGGUUGUCGCAGUUGACCUCGUGGCGCCGCUCAGUGCAGUCAUACUUCUCGCCUCGCCGUUCGUGGCGGGAAUCACUCUCUCCUCGUGCCUGGCGAGAAUCGCUUCAAUCCGUCUUUGCCCCUCGGCCCGCGACUGUCUGGCCGUGGAGUAGACGGUCCCGCUCGCUGUGGGAGAGGUUCUGGGCUCCUUCGCCGAGUAUUUGGGACUGGGUUCCUUUCUCGUUGCCUGAGUGGAUGGGUGGUUCGUCGAAUCGUGGCAGCUACGAUGACCGUGAAAUGUGGACUUGA